AUGACAUACAGUGUGCUUUCUAUGCAGAAUGGCUGCAUUUUGCACACAGAACAAGUGCAAGUUGGAGAGUCACCUGAAGUCCCUAACAGUGUUUCUAUGGAAAAACAAGGGCUUGCCAAGUGCUUGAUGGGUGUCGAGAAGCUGGGCAUCAGGAUACGUUCGCUGACAACAGGGUCAAGGUCUGAAAAAAAGCUCCUGGCUGCUAGCCGCACACAUCAAGUUAUCACACCUUCGAUCCAAAGCAUCCUAAACCACCUCUACUGGGUGGCUGCCAUGGGCCAAGGUGAUCGUGAGCUUGUCACCAGCAUGUGGAGAAGCCUGCUCAACCACGUGUGCAACAAACACGAUGGCCAUGAUGGGCCCUACAAAAAAUGCCUCCAUGACUCCCUUGACGACAGGGAAUGGUUGAGACCAGCAUCACCUGCAUUUCUUCGUCUCAAACUAUUGUCGACAAUAUAUCCUGAGGUCCAAACGUUUUCAUUGGAGUCCUUCCACAGCCUGAUGAAUCGGUUUGCUCCAAAGUCCAAUGCCUUCUCAGUGGACGGAAUGCAAGAGGGAACGAGGCUCGCUGUGCUGCACUUCAAUGAGAAUGCUGCACGGCACCAAGCACUCACUCAGGAUGGAAAGCAGCGGUGUAAGAUUAAAUCUUCCAAGGCAAGGCGAGGCCACUUCACUGUGACUACAGUGAAAGAGGACCCAAGCUACGAACGGAAGAUCCAUCAGCUGUGUUCCACAUUUAGGCCAGCAGACUGCCCAGCGAGCAACACAUGACCCGAGACUAUAUAUUGUCCUUGCAAAUAAAUUGCGCCUUUUUUGGUCCCUGAUAUGAAGUGUGU